AAGCUCAGCACUGAGUGAGGAUCGGGCAAGCCUCUAUACGACGUCCCUACUGGAUCUCAAAUCAUUUCUCUGGGUGUAGUGACAUAUUAUUUGUAAAUCUUGAUAGUGAGAGUAGUGUUUAUAGUGUGUGUAUAUAGUGGAUGUCUAUCUAGAGAGGAGAAUCUUCCACAGAGCAAAAAUUAUCGCGCAACGUAGCGUGCAGUCGGUGGCUUCUCAAUACGGACAGACAUACGGACGCAGGACGUACAGUUCAAGAUCAUGUCGUCGACGGAGAAAUAUGUUAAGCGUAUUGAACCCAACGUACCAUCUGCCGUGCUGCAUCUCCGCAAUGUGCCGCUGGAAGCCGUUGACACGGAGCUUCUCAUUCUGGCGCGGAAUUUUGGUAAAGUGAAGAAUCUGUUCCGUCUACCCGGCAAGACCCAGGGCUUCUUGGAACUGGAGAGUAUCCAGACGGCCACACAGAUGCUCAAGCACUACCAAGUUAGCCCAGCCACUGUGGGCCAGAACAUGAUCUACCUGCAGUACUCGCAGCAUCAAAGUUUGGUAU